AUGGGAAAUUGUUGUGCAACACCAAAAACGUCUGAUGAGAAGCCUAACCCCUUUUCAGUUCAUGGUGGUAAUCUCACUAUACCAGAUGGUGGAUUCAAAUUCUAUAUAUUGAACAAUCCAACAGGCCAUGACAUUGAGGAGUUUUAUGAGUUGGGGCGCGAGCUUGGGCGAGGUGAAUUUGGCGUUACAUAUUUAUGCAUUGAUAAAUCUAGUGGCGAGGAGUUCGCUUGUAAAUCGAUAUCGAAGAAUAAACUGAGGACUAGUGUGGAUAUUGAGGAUGUUAGGAGAGAGGUUGAGAUUAUGAAGCAUCUGCCUAAGCAUCCUAAUAUUGUUAGCAUAAAGGAUACUUAUGAGGAUGAUAAUGCAGUUCAUAUAGUGAUGGAGUUGUGUGAGGGGGGUGAAUUGUUUGAUCGGAUUGUAUCCCAGGGACAUUAUACUGAGAGGGCUGCUGCUGCUGUUACUCGCACGAUUGUUGAAGUUAUUCAGAUGUGCCACAAGCAUGGAGUUAUGCAUCGUGAUCUUAAACCUGAAAAUUUCUUGUAUGCAAAUAAGAAGGAAACAGCGCACUUGAAGGCCAUUGAUUUUGGGCUUUCAGUAUUCUUUAAGCCUGGCCAGAAGUUUGAUGAGAUUGUGGGAAGUCCUUAUUAUAUGGCUCCCGAGGUGUUCAAAAGAUACUACGGUCCAGAAGUGGAUGUUUGGAGUGCUGGUGUAAUUCUCUACAUCUUAUUGUGUGGUGUUCCACCUUUUUGGGCAGAAACCGAACAAGGAGUUGCCCAAGCAAUAAUUCGAUCAGUUGUAGAAUUUAAAAGAGAUCCUUGGCCUAAGGUUUCUGCUAAUGCAAAGGACCUUGUAAAGAAGAUGCUCAACCCUGACCCCAAGCAGCGGCUUACAGCACAAGAAGUAUUAGAUCAUCCUUGGUUACAGAAUGCCAAGAAGGCUCCAAAUGUGUCUUUGGGUGAAACCGUGAGGGCAAGGCUCAAGCAAUUCUCCAUGAUGAACAAAUUGAAGAAAAGAGCUCUAAGGGUGAUUGCCGAGCAUUUAUCGGCGGAGGAAGUGGCAGGCAUAAAGGAAGGAUUCCAAUUGAUGGAUACUGGCAACAAGGGGAAGAUUGACCUUAAUGAGUUGAGAGCUGGGUUGCACAAGCUCGGGCAUCAGAUCUCAGAUGCUGAUAUUCAAGUUCUUAUGGAAGUAGGCGAUGUAGAUAAAGAUGGAUAUCUCGACUAUGGAGAGUUCGUUGCAAUUUCUGUUCACCUGCGGAAGAUGGGGAAUGAUGACCAUCUGCAGAAAGCCUUCGAGUUCUUUGAUAAAAACCGAAGUGGGUAUAUAGAGAUUGAAGAGCUGAGGGAUGCCUUAGCUGACGAGGUGGAGACUACCAAUGAAGAAAUUAUUAGUGCCAUUAUUCAAGACGUAGACACUGACAAGGACGGACGUAUUAGUUAUGAAGAAUUUGCUGCAAUGAUGAAGGCGGGCACGGAUUGGAGACAGGUAUCAAGACAGUAUUCACGGGAACGAUAUAAUAGUCUCAGCUUGAGAUUGAUGAAGGGUGGAUCAUUACGGUUAAACAACGAGGGUUCAUAG